AUGCGAACUCGAUCGAGCUCAUCUACAGAGGACUUGGUCGAGUUAGACAUCAACAUAGGCAGAAAACAGAGAAAGAAGAGCCAGAGGCAACAAGUUGAGUCAGAGGUGGUUGUUACUGAUACAAUGAAUGAUCCUGAGG